UAAAACACAAUGAUCGUUACUGUUUUAACCCUAUAUAGCGGCUAGGACGCUUGUAGGCCUUAGUGAGAGCUGUGCUUCUUUUAUGAUUAUGUAUGUCGGGGGCGGGAGCAGCAAAUUAGCGUUUCAAUUUACCCGUAUAUAACGAAUUAGGCAGUCACAAGACAAAAGAAAGUGCAGUAUGGGGAUCCCUAGAAAAGAACUAGGUAUCACCGGCACCGUUUUGUUCGCUCUGCUCUGGACAACACCUCAUGCAGAAACACGUGUGUACCCAAGACUGAUUGAAGGUAGGGCUGAUGACGGCGACUUGUUGCUGAACAUCCAUACGGGCCUGACUCUUCACCUUCGCAAAAGUUCUAUACUCGCAAGAGACUUCGUCCUUACAUCAGCCUCUGGCAUUGAAACACACAGCAUAAUUAGAGGAAUCUUGAACGAUCAACUCAGGAUUACGCCGGCUGUUCUUUCCCAACGUUCCGAUGAAGGUCUCAUUCCUCAUGAUGUAUUUACAGUCGAAGAAAGAUCAAGCACUCCUGCGAAUUCAUUGGGAAUGCAUCGGGAAGAAUAAAUGCCUGUACAGUUCUUCAUCACGAGUUCUCAUGAACUGUACCAAAGAACAUGUGGCCAUGUUACUUUCCUGGAAGCUCAUGAGAUGAAACUGAAAUGCGAACUAGGACGUACACCAACAUUUCGUCGUACUCGAAUAUUUCAACUAGUGGCAAUCAUUUCACAAUAUAGAUCAUUCAAGCCCACCUGAUUAACAACAAAAAAGUACUGAGACUGUACGCAUGAUUUCGGCCACUCUACAUCUAAAGGAUUAUGAAACGGUUCAUGCCAUAGCGCGAUGAUUACUCUGGUAGUGACCAUUGUUACUUUUUGUAAGUGCCUGAAAAUAGAUAUGGGCGUACAUGUC